AUGAAAACUCUGCUGCUCGGGUUUAAAAUUAAAGAUACGGAAAGUCUCAACUGGGGAAAAGCAUUGGCUUUGUAUCUAAAGAAAUCCUAUGGAUCUUCCACUUGGAGCCAGUUUUUUGACGCAAAACUUGCUGAAAACCUAGACCAUUUACGCAGUAAUGCUAAUGGCAAUUUAGCUCCAGAGGCCCUUGUGGAACAGCUUUUCCUGUACUAUAGUUUUCUCGAACAGCUACAUCUUCGGUUGGGUGGGAAUUCAGGUCAGCUAAAUCUAGAUUUUACAUGGUAUGAUGCAGCUUACACAACAGCAAGUGGGUCACAAAAGUACACACAAAGAACUGUGGCGUUUGAGAAAUCUAGCAUCCUGUAUAACCUAGGUACAACCCUGACACAACUCGCGAAGGAAAAGGUCGAUAGUGACGUUAAAAAGUCGAUUGGAUAUCUUUCUCGUGCUUUUACUUGUUUUCAGUAUUUGAGCGAAAACUUUCUAAAUUCGCCCUCAGUUGACCUUCAAGCCGAGAAUACAAAAUUUCUAGCCGACUUGUGCCAUGCCGAAGCUCAGGAGCUUUUUUUACUGCAAAUUGUUAAUGGGCCUGAGGUUGCGAAGCAUGCCUCACUAAUAGCUAAACUAGCGUUCAUGGCUUCUUCACUAUAUCAGAAAAUUUUAGACUUUUAUGAUACCGAAGCCGACAUUGCCAAGACAGAGGUUCCUUAUGGAGAGAGUAAAUGGAAAAGCAUUAUCACCUGUAAGUUGCAUUACUACAAAAGCGUUUCGGCUUUUAAUUAUGGCAUGGCUCUUGAGCAGCAACAGAAGUUCGGAAACGCUAUUGCCUUUCUGCAAAUUGCUCAAGAAUCAAUCACGGCAGCUUUGUCGCAUAAACUUCACGUCAAGGAUGUCAUUGACUUGGAGUCUCUUAAAUCGUUAAUUGCAGCCAAACAUAAAGCAUUGAUCAAAGACAAUGAUUUCAUUUAUCAUGAAUCUAUACCGUCCGACGUGUCCAUGGAACUCAUCAAGUCCAUGGAUGCCAUUAAGCCGCAAACGUUGACCCAGCUGUUAAAAACAUACAUGGAGAAAGUAGCCGAACCCGCAGAUAUUAUGUUCAAGGGCAUAAUUCCUGUCGAAGUUUACGAAAAGGAGAGCAUAUAUUCAGAGCAAAAAUCAGAUUUACUGAGAAGGGAACUGGAAGUUGCCGAUACUGCCGAUUGGGAAUAUACAUCAUUUGUGGAGUUCACAACUUUGCCUAAGAUCCUGAUGGACCUGAACGACAGAUACACAAGCUCAAGAGGUAGCCGUCGAUUGGAAAAUCCACAGCUCACCAUGAUGAAAGACCAAAUCGACGCUUGGUCUAAGUUCGUUCUCCAGUCGAAGUACAAUGACGUUGAACGUCAAAUCAAGGUGGUCGUCGAUCUCAGGAAACAGAUACUAGAAUCGUUGUCUUCUAUACCAGCGGAACAGACGGAGAAUGCGGUCAAACUCAAGUCGUCAUUAGUAGCGGCCUCCAAGUCCGAUGAGAAGUUAUUUUCUUUUGUAGAAUCUCAUUUACAAGAGAUACAAUUGUUAAGGGCGCCCGAACUCUUGAAUCAGCAAUGGAAGGAGUUGACUGCGUCAGAGCACGAAGAACCAAACCUACUAGACAUGGAUGAUGACAAAAAUGAGGAAAUUAGACUGAAAAUAAAAAGCGUCUCAAAUCAGCAUGAGGACCUCAAAGUUUUGAAAGACGAGAGAUCCAGAGUUGUACAGGAUCUAAAAAAAUCGGUUAACGAAGACGAUAUCACAAGAGUAAUUUUAUUGAAUUCCGGGGCGACUGAUACUGAACUCAAAGAGAUUUUUGAAAGGGAGCUCGACAAGUUUAAACCACUGAGCACUCGGAUAGAGGCGACUAUCUUCAAGCAGCGCAGCCUGAUCAACUCGAUCAAAAUCAGUUUAGAUGCGAUUUUCAAGCUGACAGGUGUGGACGAAGAGUCUAGUAACAGCGAUUCAAACUUGGCGAAACGCAAUAAUUUUUAUGACAAGCUCAACAAAGCCUUUACGAACUUUUCUGUUUUCGUAAAUGAUUUACCCAAGGGAUUGCUGUUCUAUGAAUCGUUACUUAAAAUGUCAAGCGAUUUGCGAUCAUUUGGAUCUGUACCACAAAGGGGUGUUGCUCCCGAUCCCGCCCCCUCUUUGCCUGGUCAAUUUAGUCGAGAGUUUCAGCAACUGAGUGUCUCUUCAGAAGCUCCCAAUUUUGGGCAAAGUACCGCCCCUGGUGGGCCCCCGGUGCCUCCUCGAACUUACGGCGAACAACAAGGUUAUAACCAAUCUGGUCCUUCACUACCAGUGAUUCCUCCGAAAGAACCACCAUCCGGUAUGACUGGGCUGAUGGUAAGCCAGUCACAUUCUUAUCAGACGCCCGAACAAAAUCCGACCUCCUUUUACAACAAUCCUUCGGUGUUCGAUGAAAGCUUGUAUUCUCGCUAUAGUGGCUAG